AUGUUAAAUGAAUUGAAUAAAGGGAAAUAGGAUGAUCCAGAAUUCUUAAUUCUAUAAAUGAAACGUAAAUAAAAGAACAAAAGAAGAUAUUAAAAAAAACAUUUACGUUUUUAGAGCAAGAACAGCUCAUUUUAAACUAGUAAGAGAAAAUCAAAUAGAAUUAGUGUUCUUUUAAUUAUUACCAUUUAGUAAAUUAAAUAAGGAUGAGAAAUAAUCAUUUUAAUAAACAGUGGAUCGUUCUUCAGCAAAAUCAAAGUUAAGAUUUAAUGGAAAAGAGUGCAGAAUUAAUAUAGACAUGAAGAAGAGAUGAAUCGAUUCUAUAAAUAAUAUAAGAUUGUAGGAUUUUUUGCAAAUUAUAUUUAAUUGUGGAAGGAUCUCGCAUUUUAUUUAACUUUAAUAAUAAAUAUAAUGAUUAUAGCUUCAUUUGCUCAUUAAUCAGAUCCUUCAAGACCAGAAGAAGAAGUAAAUAGUGAAGCAUUAGGUGAAUAUAACUUAAGAUUUAAUAAGUGCAUUAGGAUAUGCUAUGAUGAUUUUUUCAUUAUUAGUUGUAUUAUUUGUUUUAGCAAUAUCUAUCCUAUAACUUAAAGCUUCGAUUAAAGGUUUUGUUUCUGA